UCUCCCUCUCCCUGGAUGUCAGUACGUGGCGGACAGCCCUAGUGAGCGAGUGGGAGAAGAAACGCCUCCAUUUUGACCCUUUUGAUCCGUUGAGGGCUCCCGGAGAGGGGUGACGAGGAGACAAGAUUUACCUCAUCACGCAAGACAACAGAAUAAUGUCCAUGUCGGGCGAAUUUGGAAACCCGCUUAGGAAAUUCAAGCUGGUCUUUCUCGGCGAGCAAAGCGUCGGAAAGACCUCGCUGAUCACCCGCUUCAUGUAUGACUCCUUUGACAACACAUACCAGGCUACCAUUGGCAUAGACUUCCUCUCCAAAACCAUGUACCUGGAAGACAGAACAGUCCGGCUGCAACUGUGGGAUACUGCCGGCCAGGAGAGGUUCCGCAGCCUCAUUCCCUCCUACAUCCGUGACUCAACUGUAGCUGUGGUGGUGUACGACAUUACAAAUGCCAACUCCUUCCACCAGACCUCCAAGUGGAUAGAUGACGUGAGGACUGAGCGAGGCAGUGACGUUAUUAUUAUGUUGGUUGGCAAUAAGACUGAUCUCUCCGACAAGAGACAGGUCUCCACGGAGGAAGGCGAGCGCAAGGCCAAGGAACUCAAUGUGAUGUUCAUUGAGACCAGUGCAAAGGCGGGAUACAAUGUGAAGCAGCUGUUCCGAAGGGUGGCCGCAGCCCUACCUGGCAUGGAAUCCAAUCCUGAGAAGGGCAAGGUUGACACCGUGGACCUUCGCCCCCAUCCUCCCCCACAGGAGGUCCAGCCAGACCAGGAGGGCUCGGGGUGUAUAUGCUAGGAGGCCGCCCUCAUGCUCUAGUCUCUCACGUGUCCUCGCACUUGUCUGCUGGAGGGAAGCAGUGGUGGGGGUGCCAACACCUGGUGGCAUCUGCUGCUGCUGCUCCCCCUCUUUAUUACCCUUUGAUUAGCAUUAUUGUUUAUUAAUAUUUACAGUUUAUCAUGUUUUUUAUUAUUAUUGCUGUCAUUAUUAUUAUCAUUAUUAUUGUUAUCUGUAAAGUAAGUCCUGGAUUUAAUGUUACAAUAUUGAUUUGUUAACCGAUUUUACGAGCCAAAAUUGUCCUAACACAACGCUAUCCUGAGUUCUGAAGGGUGUGUUGCCAAAGGAAGGAAGUAUUGUGGCCGCUAACUUGCCCAGUGACUUCAACGAUGCACAUGAGCCAUGGACUUGCUUUAUGCUAUUUGUUUUUCCUGCCCAGUGUAUUUCAUAAAGCAGAUAAAGUAUGCUGGUAUAGGCUGCCAUGUUUUAUUUAUUUAUUUUUCUUUAUUAAAUGGCAUUAUUUCAGUGUCUUGGUUUCAUUUACUUUUUUCAUAUUUCUAUAAUAAGGUUCCUUAAUUUUUUUCAACUCUAAUGUUAUUUAUCUUCAUUCUAAUCUGCAUAUGGACUGGAUUCUAUGCCUUCUUACACUCAAUAUUUUUUUUUUUUAUUAUUAAAAUGCAUAACUAAGGAGUUGUUUCUUUAAUAGCAUUUUUUUAAUAUUUCUCAUUUCAACUCUUAAUUUAUCAUCAUUCUGACCUGCAUAUGGACUGGUUUCUAUGCUCUUUGCUCUCCUAACAUUUAUUUUUUUAUGUAUUUAAUCAUUUCUGUAAUUAGUCUCUUGAUUUCUUACACCUUUUGUGAUAAACAAGGAUAGGUUGUCAAAUACUUCCCAUGUUGAUGCUGUUCAUUCCACAAUCUGUUACGUCUUUGUGUCAUUGCUGCACGUGAUGGCCGGUGCUGUGUUUGUUUUGUGCAACAGUGACUUGUUUAUGUCAGGCAAUACUGUAGCCUUUUUUUGGGGUUAAUAUUUUCUAGGGGGCUGAUGGGUACUUUGGUUCACCAUUCUCAAUUUUCUCUUGUAAAUCAGUUUUAUGAAAACUUUCCUAUCCUUGGUUUUUUGGGUUUGCUUUGUAUUUUUUACUUUUUUUUUUUUUUUUUUUUCAAGAAUUCAUUGAGUUAUUUUUCUUCAUACUGUUUUGGACAAAACGUUUGACUUUCUUUGUGUAAUCUUUCUCUCAUUCUGAAAUAGUAAAUGACAGUGGUUUCUGUGAAGGAAUUUUCUUUAUCUUAUAUUUUAUUCUAUUUAUGUUUGUGAGAAGUCUGAUUUAUGUCUUAGGAGUCAAAAAGAUGUCAUCACUGCAACCUGUUUGUGUAUAUAACUGUUUGUAAUUUGUAAAAUUUAUGUUUUCCCACUAACCCACCAGACUUGAUCUGGCUGUACUUGUAAGGAUUCUGUCUUGUUUCACUAGUCCAAAAUGUACUGUAAGACUUAGUUACUUAACAAUGGCUCUCAGUUGUAUUCAGUUUCAUGGUAUCAAGCAUGCAUCAGAAAGCUAUUUAUUCUCCCAAGAUUUUAAGGCAUUUAUUUCCAUUUAGUGAAAGAAAGAUGAGAUUGAGGAACACCUGACAAGACAUCAGUCAUUGUGUACCAGCAUGAAGCACGAGUGUGCUGCUGGAAAGACUUCUUUAUACCAGCUGCUUACAGUGUCCUUGAAAUAUUGUAAGAGUAAAUAGCAUUCCUAGCACUUCAGUUCAACUUGAUUACUUUUCUUUUCUUUUUUUUCUUUUUCUUUUAUUUUCAUGAGUUGUCUGUUUUGACUAUUCCUGUACGGUCAUGGUCAGAAGUUGAUUAACCUUCUACACUUAUUUCUAUUGUUUUCAUCUACAUAAUCCUCUGCUUACAAAAUUUGACAACUUGAAGAUUACUAGCAAAUCUACUCACUUUUAUCUGAUACUCUGGAACUCUUUCUCUUCUCGCCUUUUCCUAUGGGUUGAACUAAAAAAGAAAAAAGAUGUCAAAACUGUCCCAGAACUAAUUUGUCCAAUCCAUUUGAGAGAAAAAAUUGUGGAGCAGGAUUUGAGAACACUUCUUUGCCUGCUAUAUUUUGUACUUUACAUCAUUCUCAUUUACAUCAAAGAACGAAUAAAAAAUCAGAAGAUGUAAGAUAAGAUGAAAUAUGAUAAAAUGCAUAGGAAAUAUGUGCGCAAAGGUAAAAAAAAUAGAAAAUAUUGGAGGAUAUAAUCUUGAGGGCAACAACUAACAACAGUGGAAAUGAGUUGAGAAAGUGACUGAUGACCAUGACUGUACAGGUAGAAUUGGGUUGCCUUCUGUGUCACCAGCCCACCAAGUAUUAGCCGCAGUACUGAGCAAGAGGCCACAACACACCAUUGUCAUGAACCACCUCUAUCUCUUGUGCCGAGUGGAAUUACGUACUAGAGUUAGCUUAGCUUGUGUAUUCAGAGACCAGCACUGAUAGUCACCAUUCUCAGUGUCAUAAGAUACUACGUAGUCACUGUGCAGUAUCUACCUAGUCUUGUCGAGUCAGUCUUUGUUUUGAUGCAGGUUCGCAAGUCAUCUACUUUCCUCAGAUCUUUUGAAGUGAGAUAAACAUGUAAGCAUCUCGGGUUGCAUGGGUUUUCUUUGUUCAGAAUUUAAGGUGAUAAAAUAGCCAAAUUAAGAGGAAAAGUGGAGGUAAAUGACUUGUCGAAGAACAAAGUACAUAUAUAAGACCAACUGUGCUACUGUGAAUCCAUUCUGCUCCCUAAAAUUGUGACUGGUACAUGUCAUCCCUAGAGAAAAUUUACAGCUGUAGUGUGUUCGUUUGCAGUUUUACACUUAGCAACUUCUGAAAUUAACUAAAAAUGAUCUCCCACAGACAUGAAGCUGUUACAAAUUGACUUGAUGUUCUGGCAUUGGAAUAGUUCAGCAGUGUUUGCAGGGGAGGAACACCAGCGGCCUAAACACAGUGUAAAGCUAGUAGUUGUCAUCUAGUUGGUGCCUCAAGUCUCAGACCCAAACUUACUCCCAUACAUCCAACCAUUCCCUUGCACAUUUUGCCCUGUGAUCUUUUGGCAGCUUCCUUUGACUUAACAUUAUGGAGUAUUUAAAACUUAUAGAUUGGUAUCCUGGGUCCAGAUUGUCAGUCGUGUUACUUUCCACCGUUUUGGAUGCUUGGUUUGGUAAUGAUUAAUUUUUGGUAACAUUUAGAGCCUAUGAGUGCGGGAAUAACUCGCCCUGUGCAUACGAGUGAGCAUUGAGGGUUUGUGAUACUUGCAUUUAGACCAAGACUUUGAUUUGUCUCAUUUAGGCUUCAGCUGUGCCAUGUGGAGACACUGAAUACAUUUGAAAGUCUACCUUUGCCUCUGCUUGGUUAUUCUUUGUUUUUAAGUGAGAGGUUGUCGUCUGUGGACUGCACGGGAGGAACUGGAGCAUUGAUAUUAAGGCCUAGGAAUAUUUGGGCUUUACUGGGAACCCCCAAAAAUUUCCCUCACAUGGAGGGAGGAGGAGGACUGCCCAUGUCCCUAUAAUGAAAGUAAUGUUUAUUUUCUCAUUCUCCCCAUGAGUGUAUAAAGUCCACAAAGGGAAACACAUUGUAUAUGGAAGAAAAAAGUUAGGCAAUUUGUUAUAUUUCUUGUCUAACUCUUUUUUUUAUUUGUGGGCUUUAUCAUCAUACUCUUUGCAGGAUUGUGAUAGAAUCAUUAAGAUUAAUGUAUAUUAUUAUGGUGGCAAUAUAUAUACCUGUAUCUUGUGCUGGAAUAAGCGAAAUUUGUUUAUUGGCAGCUGGAUUAACUAUGCUGAAUCUUUAAUUGUAGUCAACUAGUGGUUAUAGAAUCUAAUGAUUUAAUUACAAUACCAUGUGAAAUAUGAAAGCUUUAUUAACUAGCUGAAAAUACUUACCAUAGCACCCAUGUUUUAUCUUGGUUCAUGUAUACAUUUGCAGUCACUUUAUACCUCAUCCAAUGUUCUUUUAAGGUCUUUGAUCAACCCACUGCUAGUUUGCAAGCUUCACACCACCACCACCUCACCUAAGGUCCCCUCCUGUUCUGUUCAUAACCAUGUUGCUGUUGGUCGUCUAGAGAGAGCCCCCUAUAGAUCCCCUCUGUUCCCUCCUAGUCCCUCCUCUCUGGCUUCACCACCUCUUAGAGUGCUCAAAUCUCAGUGUUUUGUAGGUAAUACCAAACCCAGCAGCAACAUAACUACCUGUGAUUGCUUCAAGGGGAUGUCUGCAGCUGCCGCCAACUUGCCUUAUCUACCAACUGAGCCACAGGAAAAAUAGUUGCCCAGAUUUCAAAUAUACUGAAAGAGGAGGCCCAUACUGCACCACAUUUAUGAGCUACUAUUAUACAUUCUGAUUCAAAUUAGUGAGGAUAAUAAGCAGCAUUGGUUUCAAGAGUUAGUCAUGUGCUUACCUCCAUAUGAUCUUGAGCCACACUGAUGACAAUCCCACACUGUUGAAGUGUCAAAGUCCCCAAAAGAAGAAAGUUACAAGGGCAAGCCAAGAAUCCAAGACAAGGUGUUGGUGGCUGCUGCAGACGUAGCCGACCUGUGCGCUUGUAACCGUCAAUAUUUUAUGUGUUGGGGGGUAAAUACUACUAAUAAUAGGAAGGGUUUUAAGAAGCUUCAUUGUGAUUAGCCUCCGCUCUCUCUAACUGCACGUGUGAUUGAGACACGGGGACAGGCGAGGGGCGGCGAGCACUUUGCUUUGUCAAGGCAAUUUUUGAGUAGCUGUGCUUCUAGGUGUUAGCACGAGUAAUAAGUCCGACUACUACGUACUCCAAUACCACUUGUAGCGAACUCAGUACACCUGCAGUCCUUUUGUGUGGAAGUGAAGGUGAGAAAAUCGCUUGAUUGGGUGAGAUUAUGAUAAAAAAUAGGCAUAAUUUUGAGAGGAAGAGAUGUUCUCAAAGCGGUGAAAUGUGAUUUUAUGAGUAUAUAUAUCUUGGCGUUGAUGUCCACAAUACACACUACCUACAUACACUAACUAAGUAAACUGUCCCUUACUCCUUAUGGUGUAAUGAAUACUAUCAACUAUUCAUAUUCAAAUUUACCUUGAGAGGCCAAACAUCGAAUCUUUCUGAUCUUGCUUUAAUUUUUUCCCAGAUAUAUGACUUAAAAUAUUGAUCCUUGAAACUUGUACAACUAAAUCAAAUUCAAUUAUAUUGCAUGAAAACUGCCUGGGAAAAUAUAAUGAUAAAUGUUGCCCGUACAAUUACCAUGACGUAUUGUGCUCCAUUGGUCCAUAAGCUUUAUUCGGUCAAUGCUCAUGUACACUCUUUACAAUAAACAUUUAAAUCGAAAUCUAUACCUCCAUUGGCAUUGCUUGAGACCCAAACUGUACCAACUAGUUCAGUGUAUUACAGCAGCUGGAAAAAUGCCUUGUAAUCUGGGUCUUCAGUUAUUAUGCAGAGGAAAAGAAAACCUCCUUCACAUUUGCCUUCUUCCCAUGAGCUAACUUUGAGAAUAGUAGAGUUCAUUUAUCUACUUCAUUAUUGUUCUUCUCUCUCUACACACACACACACACACACACACACACACACACACACACACACUACUAUUACAUCCAGAUAAAGUUAAAAAGUCAGGGUAACAAAGAAUGAAGGAAAGUGUGCAAUGUGGAAGUGAAUUAUUGUUGCAGUAAUAAAAUUGCCAUACGAAU